AUGUCUGCCGUCACCGUGUCAAAGAAAAAAGCAGAGUCCUUUUUAUGGACUGACGCCGAAAUUGAACUGCUGCUUGCAUCAGUUAAAGUAUUUGCUUCUAACUGUCUUUUCAACGGCAUGGACUGGGAAGGUGUGAAGUCGAAAUACGAAAAGAUUAGAGAAAUUUUUGUUGAACGCUACCCAAAAACUAAUGAUGGCAAAAUCGAAGAGAAACCAAAUUCAGACUAUCCCAAGUCUAAAUCCCUUGAGAAUAUAACGAAAUAUAACGAAUUGCGGCAAAGCUGA